AUGUCUGCCGUAGAUGAUGAAAAGCUUACGACAAUCACCAGCAACCUCGACACACACGAGGUGAUCUAUACACCCCUUAACGGCACCCGCCAUGAGAUCCGGUUGCUUACUUUACAUCCUGCCGCUGAAGAACAUAAUCAGAUCUGUUGCACUUUGUCUCACGCCGAACUCAAGCCAUCCAAAAGCUCAGACUUUCCUGCUUACGAAGCCCUCUCCUACGUCUGGGGCAAACCCAACUUCUCCGAAUUAAUUCUUCUCAACGAUCAAGACUUCUUCAUCACACCAUGUCUAAAAUACGCCCUCUCAUGUCUGAGAUACAAGACCCAGCCCCGCGUUCUGUGGGUAGAUGCACUCUGCAUCAACCAGUCCGAUAUACUAGAGCGCAAUCACCAAGUCUCUUUGAUGCGCGAAAUCUACUCAAAAUGCCAGAGAGACAUCGCUUGGUUGGAUCCAGUGGUUGGUGUAGCCUUCAAGUCGGACGAUAUAUACAAUGAUCCCAAACUUGCUCAAAUGGAGACCAGCAUUAGGAAGGGUAUGGAGUUGAUGCACACCAUCGUCGAAAAGGACCACAAUACUCUAGGGCAACUAUUCUGCGCCUAUCAUGACGGUGGGUACAUCCUAGAGUAUAACGAAGAGAUUUGUCUCCGGGAUUUGUUCGACAUGCCGUUUCUAUGGAAGCGCCUUUGGGUUAUGCAAGAGCUUUCUUUGGCCCCCAAUCUGGUCAUGAUGUGCAAAGGUGCUGAACUUGGCUGGGACUCGAUGUCGGCUCUUCUCAAGGACCAGCCAUAUAUGGAUGCGUUUCACAUGAUGGAUUCUCAUGCCUACAACUUACCAAACUGGAGCGACAUGUUUGACCGGAUCAAACUCAUUGAGGAUCAACGUCGGCUUUUCUCCAAACCUGGUCUAGUGGAUUCCAAAUUGAUGGAUGUUUUGACCAGAUUUCGUGAAGUGGAGUCUACAGAUCCCAGAGACAGAAUCUAUGGUCUUCUAGGGUUGGUGACAGAUGAUCAUGGGAUCCACGCCGACUACACCAAGUCAGUACAAGAUUUAUAUCGGGAGACAACUAUUUCUCUGAUCAACAUGUCUGGUAAUCUGGAUAUAUUGUGCCAAAACCCAUUUGAGAAUAGUGCUGGCCACAAAGCGCUUCAACAGCUAGAAGAUGCCAUGCCUUCUUGGGUUACCGAGUUCAACUCCAGACACGGAGACUGUGCAGAGUUUAUCUUUGCCCAGCGAGACAUUUUCAACGCUGGAUUCAAGACCUGCGAGACACCUUGCCGACUUCUUGGAACCAGAAGUGAUAUCUUGAUUGUCCGAGGCGUUAUUCUCGGAGCUGUCGGACCAAUACUCCAGGUCAAAUGCCAAGACUACAGCGCUCGCGAUAUGUUGAAAUUAUAUUUCAGUGAGGAAGCAAUCCUGAAACCCAAGAGUCUCACCUAUGCCCCAACAUUCGGUGCAAAGAAGUUGACAAGCGGUGAGACAUGUUCACGGGCGUUCUGGCGGACGCUGGCAAAAGAUUGCACAUUACCGCCUCGAAUGCGUCGGUUACGAAGCAAAGAAGUCAGGUCUCUCGACAAAGUUAACAUGGAGAAGCUGUCUGACGAGACGAUGAUCACCGUCAAUACCAUUUGUGUCGAAUACGAUUUAUAUAGGGACCGGUCCCUGUUUUCCAAGUGCUUGGGCAACGUCUUGGACUACAGUGGUAUCGAAAGCAAGUUCUCGACGUUGUCUGUCGGUAAUCCAUAUGGCCAUUACGCUACGAAGGACCAUAUGUUUGUAGUGACGAAGAACGGACUGUAUGUCCUUGCAAGGCCUUAUGUUGAGGAGGGAGAUGUUGUUGCUGUUUUAGAUGGUGGCAAGGUGCCCAUGAUUUUGAGAAAGACUGAUCCGGUUUCUGAAAAGAGUACUGAAGAUACUUACAGGAUUGUUGGUCCAGCGUAUGUACAUGGGUUUAUGGAUGGGAAGGCAGAGGUCGGUGUUACUGAGGGGUGGUUGGCGAAGCAGGAUAUCUUGUUGGUUUGA